CUGCUUGUGGAGUAUGGGUACAACUGCCAGUGCCGCACCACAACCGGUUUCCGCAGCAUCGCCACUUGAAAGUGUCCAUGGCAACGGGAUGGCCAACAGCAGGCAGUCUCUUAGCAUGAGCUCCUUUCAGACAGUCAACAUCCACAACAACAAGGCCAAGUCCAUUAUCACCAACAAGGUGGCACCUGUUGUCAUCACGUAUAAUUGCAGACAAGAAUUUCAGAUUCACGAUGACAUCCUCAAGACCAAUUACAAAGUGGGUCGGAUAUCGGACAGCAUGCCCGAACACUACCUGGUGCAGGGGGAGUACUUCAUGGUCCAGGAUGUGUACAGCAAAGCAGAUGUCCUGAAUACCACAGGCAGCUACGGGGCACCCAACUUCCGCCAAGUCAAGGGAUCGUACCCCCUGUAUGGGAUGGGUCAGCCGAGCCUGAACGGCUUCAAACAGGUCCUCCAGAGGCUCCAGGCACAAGGCCACGAGGAGGUUAUAUUCUUCUGUGUAAGAGAGGAGCCAGUGGUUUUCCUGCACAAGGAGGACAACUUUGUGCCAUACACCCCCAGGAGGAAGGAAAACCUACAUGAAAACCUGCAUGGGCUGGAAAAGGAGGAGCUGGUGGAGAGCUUGGAACUCACCAUUAGGAAGGAGCUCCAUGACUUCGCCAAGCUCAAUGAAAACGUCUUCUAUGUCUACAACGACAUUGAGUACUUUAAAGACGAGCCGCAGAAGAUGACUAUCACGUGUGAGGAGGACAUCCACGUGACGGAAGAGGUCUAUAAGAGACCCAUGUUCACCAUGCCAUUCUACAGGUACUACCGAUUACCACUCCCAGUGGAGGGAGCGCCCCUAGAGGAAGACUUUGAUGCAUUUGUUAACAUUCUCAGGGAGAGCCCCAGUUUGUCUCUGGGCCAGAAUGAGUCCCGGCCACUGCCCGCCCUGCUCUUCAGCUGCCAGGUGGGUGUCGGCCGCACCAACCUAGCCAUGAUCCUGGGCACGCUGGUCAUGAAUCGCCUAAGGGGCACUUCACAGCCACCACAAGUUGAGGAGGCAGCAGCUUCAGAGCCCAAACCACUGUUCAAGGUCAUCCAGACUCUGAUCAACAAGCUGCCUAAUGGACAGCAGGUCAUGGAGGAGGUUGACCAAGCUAUCGCCCUGUGUUCGGAAAUGCACAAUAUCAAAGAAGCAAUAUACGAGAACAAGAGUAAGCUGGAAGGGAUUGGAGAAGAUUAUCAAAUUCAGGGAAGCAGCACCAAAGACUACUUUCUUCACAGAACGAUGCAGAGCCUGGAACGCUAUUUCUACUUGAUAGUGUUCAAUGCGUAUCUGCAUGAACAGUAUCCUCUUGCCUUUGUGUCUAACUUCAGCCAGUGGAUGUGCUGCCACGCGUGGCUCUACAGGUUACUGGCCUGUAUGGACCUAUCAGAGCUGUUGGCCCCGGCUGACCUGGUAACUAGAGGAGCCCGAGUUCUGGUUGCUGAUGAGUACUUGGCUCCAGAUGUGCUCAGCACAGUGAAGGAGAUGAAGGUGGCCAACUUCAGACGUGUGCCCAAAAUGCCAGUUUAUGGAAUGGCUCAGCCAACAUCUGAGGCUACCGGUGCGGUGCUGGCCCACCUGACAGACGAAAAGAGGAAGCACGGCCACAUGUUGUGGAUCAACUUGCAGGAGGAGUUGGUAUUAGAGGGGAAUGGCCAAGUUUUCACACCCAGAGAGCCUUCUUGUCUGGAGCAGCACAUUUCCAUCCCAUCAUCUGAUCCACAGCUAAUAGAGAAACUCGAGACAUCUCUGAAGGAGGAGAUCCUGCGAGCCCAGAAGUGGCUGGAGGUGACGCUGGAGCAGGAGAAGCAGAUGAAGAUGUUUAAGAGCUGCAUGAGUGUCCAGGAGAUCUUCAACCAGCACAAAAGCUCUCACCAGGGCCUCCUCUACAAACGCAUCCCUCUGCCCGACUGCAGCACGCCCAGAGAAGAGGAUUUUGACAAGCUGAUGGAGGCCAUGAAGAGUGCCUUGGCUGAGGACUCCCACUCAGCCUUCGUUUUCAACUGCUCCAAUGGCAAGGGCAGGACCACGACCGCCAUGGUCAUCGCUGCUCUCACUCUUUGGCACUUUAAUGGUUUUCCCGAGUUCAGUGAUGACGAGAUCGUGAGUGUUCCUGAUGCCAAGUACACAAAGGGAGAAUUUGAGGUAGUGAUGCGGCUGGUGCGUCUGCUGCCUGACGGCCACAGGAUGAAGAGAGAGGUGGACAUGGCCCUGGACUCAGUGAGCGAGACUAUGACUCCCAUGCACUACCACCUGAGAGAGAUCAUCAUCUGUACAUACAGACAGAUCAAAAGUGGCAAAACAGAAAAGGAGUCACAACAGCUGCUGCUGAAGAGCCUGCAAUACCUGGAGCGCUACAUUUACCUCAUCCUCUUCAACACCUACCUGCAUCUAGAGAAGAAAGACUCCUGGCAGCGCUCUUUCACUCUUUGGAUGGAACAGGUGGCUGCCAGAGCCGGGGUUUAUGACAUCCUCAACCAGCUGGGCUUCUCAGAGUUUGAAAACCCGAGGGACACGCCACUGGCCCGGCUGCGCUGCCGCUGGCAACAGCAGAACAUCCAAUCACUUCCCUUCAGAGGGGAGUUCGUCUGAGAAAGGAUCACUGUGAAUUUGCCAAAACAAUACUGUGCUUUUCUACAGUUUAUGUUAUGCCUCCUCUAUUUACCCCUGCAUUACUCAUGUCUUCACAUCCUGUACCGUUUGUGAUAUUGCUUUUUUUUUUUUUUUUUUUUUUUUUUUUUUUAAACUCACUGGCAGUGUUAACUUGUAUUUUAGAGGGUGUAAUAUUGUCACUGUUGGCUGUAUCUUGAGUCUUAGCAGAAUGCUCUAGCUAUAUUAGAAGCUCAUAUUUGUGCCUUUACUAUUUUUUCUUUUUUGAUUAAAAAGGUAGAAUUUUAGUGUACUAAUAUUUAUGUUGCUUUUCCAUAGGAAAGGAUAAAAAAAAGAGGAAGUUAUAAUGGAGUUGUUUUGUCCAGCAACUUUCCUCUAAAGUCUGCUGCACGUGAAGAUAGCAUGAGAUAGCAGCUUAAAACAUCUGUUAGAAGCACAUGGAGUAAAAUGUAAUUUUGAAGGCGCUAAGUAAAUGCUAUGCUGUCUGUUGUGUAUGUCAACCAACAAUUUUCAGCGUUUCACGACUGUUUGCUGUUGAAUGACCCGUUAUUUUUCUUGUGCAGCCCUAUCCUUUUGUUCUUAGUUUGCUGUUCAUGGCUGUGCAGUUUGAUGGAGUCAUUUUUUUGUUAUUGUUUUUUUGAGAAAGUUGCCUAAAAACUGUCAUCUCUUUUCAAAAUGUCAGUUCAGUGGUAACUUGUUCUUGAGUUUUCAAACAUGGAGCAGAUAAAAGAUGCUGUUUGGCAGUAUGUUGAAGACUUAAGGGACUGAUGGUUUUCUCUCUCUCUCUCUCUCUCUCUCUCUCUCUCUCUCUCUCUCUGUCUCUCUCUCUGUCUCUCUCUCUCUCUCUCUCUCUCUCUCUCUCAUUAUUACAUACUUCUGGUCUCACAACACAGGUACUAACCAUAUACAGCAUGUCUGCAACUUGUAAGCUAAUAAGUUUUUUUAGAGACUUAAUUCCUUUUUAUGUUUAAGCUGUAAAUGCAUUUCUGUGUGUUAGUGUUUGUGUACACAUUUCAUCAAAGACACCUGAAAAUGGCAAAGGCUCUUCUUCAUUGCAUUCCUGCUGUUCAAGAAACCUUAUGUGUACUCAUAAUUUUUCUAUUAAAAACCCAUGAGCUGGGCUUUAAGUAAUUAAUUCAACCAUUAUGGCUCUGCCUCAGAUGGUUAAAGCUGUAUUGGGGAGUCGUGAGAAUUUGGUCGGGCUUUAAUCAGGACAGCUUAGAGCCCUCAGGACUCCUGCCAGUAAAUGGUUACAAUUUCUGUGACAUCAUCAGGCCUUCAGCAGGAAUCGAAUUAUAUGUCUGACUGUAAAAUUUACGGUUGGAAACAGCCAGGCCUGCAAAUACUUAAUGUAACUUGGGAUAAAGUAUACUUUGUAUCAAUUGAUGAUGGAUAAUUAUACCCUUAAACAGCCACAGUUCAUAUCCGUGGUAUUUAUGGAAUAGAACAAAGCUGUAUGAUUCACUCCUCACAAAAUUAAGCUAUGGAUGUGUUGCCAGCCUGCAGGGUAAAGAUUAGAAGGCUAAUAUUUUCAUUCAACACUUAACUGAGAAGCAUUUAACUUGCCUACAUAUCCGGUGUAGGUUUUACUGUACAGUAUCACUUAAAGUUUCCCAACACUUUUUUUUUUUUUACUACAGUAUGUUCCUAAUCUAUUAUUUUAGUUUCCUAAUACAUGUUUAGUUGUAAAGGCACGUGGCUGUAUUUUAGAAACCAUGAAUCCUGCCUUAAAAUCAGAAAGACAUCCCUCUCUUUUUUUUCCCCUUCUGGUAGUGUUUCAUAACAUUUGCACUGUAUAUUAGAAUAACUCAGCCAUCUGAUUGUGUUGAUUGUGCAUUCACAGUUUCAUUUUUUAAAUAAAAAAAUAUCUAUAUGAUGAAACAGAAAUAGCCUGAAAUAGCCGCCUCAGUAUGACUUAACAAAUUGUGAAAUGCAGGAACACACAAUCGCAGGUAGUAAUAACACCAUGAUAUGUUAAUAUUUUAAUGCUUGUAAUUUCACUUUGUGUUUUUUUUUAAACAGGCUUAUCCUUUUUAUUCAACUAUAUGUCGUGUCAUUUAUUUUUUUUGUUUUCAGGCUAAAUAAAUCAUGCAAAUAGAUUGAACUGCA